AUGGAAGUGAUGAUCUGUGACCAUUUCCGGUCUUCACCACUCUCCAUCUUAUCUUCUUCUUCUUCUUGCUUUUCUGCUUCACCACGUUACCAUCUCUCUAUGCUCUCUUAUUUCCCUUCUUUGAGGCUUAAACCUUCUUCUUCAUCUGUGUCUUGCUCUCUUAUGGAGGAGACCCACAACCAAGGGCGCACCAAAUUCAUGGACUUUCCGUUCGUUUCAUCCGCCCAGAAGAACCUCAUGGUCGAUCUUGUUUCAACGCUUGAGAAUCGCUUUCACUCCCAGCUUCUUCCUUGCACACUACCCCUUGAUGUUCAGUAUUACCAAAGCCAAACUGCCACUGCCCAAGCUUCCCUUCAUAUCAGGUCAGCCAGUAAUGAAUCUCCGGUAGAUUUUGUGUUGGGGAGCUGGGUGCACUCUGAGUUACCAACAGGAGGGUCCUUAGAUAUAACAAGUCUUUCAGCCUAUCUUAACAGCUCAACUGAUGCACCAAAUUUUGUGUUUGAAAUGAUCCGCAGUAGUCCAACAAUGCUAGUUCUCAUUCUUGAUUUGCCUCCCAGGAAAGACCUUGUGCUUUGGCCAGAUGACCUCAAAACUUUCUACGAGGACACUCAAUUGGACACUCAUAGGCAGGCUCUGGAGAGAGUUCCAGAGGUUCAACCAUAUUUCUCUUCAUCCCUUUACAUCCGCACUGUUUCCUCCCCUACAGCCAUAAUGGUUCGCAUUGGGACGGAAAAUGGUGGAGUAGAACGCAUGGAGGAGAUCAUCAGGGACCAUUUGCACCCCAUUUCGAAGCAAGUAUUGGGGAUCUGGUUGGAUCGUUGUGCUUGUGCCAAGCGAGAUGUUGGAGAGGCAGAAAUAGCUUAUCUGAAAAAAAGGGAUGGUCUCAUUAGGAAUAAGACAAUAGAGAUUGAUCUUGGUUCAAGCUUCCCCAGGUUGUUUGGUCCAGAAGUAGCAAACCGGGUACUGGAAGCUAUUAAGGGGUAUUUUACUGUCUAA